AUGACCACGACCAACAUGACACACACACUACCCCAACGGAUAGAUGUCCAUUCCCAUUUUCUCCCACCUUUCUACCGCACUGCCCUGGCAGCAAACGGCCACACCCGUCCUGACGGCAUGCCCGCAAUUCCUGAGUGGUCGCCAGAUCGUCACUUGGAAAUGAUGAAGAUUGCCAAUGUCUCCAAAUCCAUCCUGUCCAUCUCCAGCCCCGGAACACACAUCAAAUCCAGUAACCCAUCACUAGGCAUAGACUUGACAAGACAAUGCAAUGCUUACGCCUCAUCUCUCAAGCAAAAACAUCCCGAUAGUUUCGGCGUGUGGGCUGCACUCCCGUUACCGAAUGUCGAAGCCAGUUUAGCUGAGAUCGAUAAAUGUAUGGAAGAAGGUGUGGAGGGAUUUGGGUUACUGACGAAUUACCAUGGGUACUAUAUUGGGGACGAUGCAUUGGACACUGUGUUCGACAAGCUGAAUGAUAUCGGUGCGACUGUGUUUAUCCAUCCUACGAAGCCUUGCAUGAAACACGGGGGUAGUGCGAAUACGUCUCAAACCACAGAUGCACUACCAUUCGGCGAACAAUACCCUGUCCCAAUCUUCGAGUUUUUCUUUGAUACUGCAAGGGCGGUAAUCAAUCUUUUCAGCACGGGGACCGUGGAUCGGUGUCCGAAUAUCAAGUUCAUCAUUCCGCACUCCGGAGGAGGGUUACCGCCGCUCAUGACUCGAUUCAUCCAAUUCUCAAGUGUGGUACCGGGAGGACGAAAGUUGAAUGCCUCAACGGUGCGGAGGCAGCUUGACGAGCAGUUCUAUUUCGACCUUGCGGGUUUUGUUUUUGACGGAGAAAGUGGAGGGAAGGGGCAGCUGAAGGCAUUUAUCGAGGGUUUUGAGAUCUCGUAUCAGAAGUUGUUGUAUGGAAGUGAUUUUCCUUUUACGCAGACGCAGUUCGUGAAGGCGUUUGCAGAAAGAAUGAAGGAUGGUUUGGAGAAUUUGUUUGGUGAGAAGGAGAGGGAGGCGAUUUAUCAGGGCAAUGCCGUCAAGUUACUGGGCAAAGAGAGGAGUAAGAUAUAA